AUGGUAUCAGCCAGCAGCUCUGCUAAAGAUAAGAAGAAGACUAACUCAAUUGUCACUAGAGAUGCGAUUGAAAAGGACACUAUCUCAUCGGUGAGGAUUAAUCUCACAAAGCUGAUUUUAAAUUUGAAAAAUUUAAGAUAGCGGCGAAGUUCUGGGCACCUUUCACUAAAGGUAAACAUGAUCCAUUCAAUGCCAAACUCGUAGAUGACAUUUACCAAAAUGAAAUGGUGAAAACACACUACAGUCCGAGGAAAAUUGUCAUGCUCGAAUUCAGGUAUUUACGAGUGAUAUUCUUAUAUGAGGUUUUUUUCUCAGUCAAUACUUGGAAUGUUAUUUGUGGGCGAACUAUAAACCAUCGAGCUCGAAGGCUUACCAUAUGUCAAUAAUCAUCAUGGUCAAUGAGAAGUUCCGCGAAAGAACGGAUGCUUGGCUGGUAAUAACUUAUAAUUACAAAAAUAUCCGUUCUCAAUGAUUUUCAGACUUUUGAACAGCGCCCGGUAAACUUCCCGGAAUUCUUUUACAAUGUUCUCAAAAUGGCAUUAGAAAAAGAAAAUAGUACUUCAACAGCAGAGCAGUGCGCAAUUCUCACUUUUCUUGUGAAUGCAUUCAAUUCUGUGGUAAGAAGUUUUUUUUUUGGAAUGCAACUUCAUCCAGAUGGCUUUAGGAAGUAGAAAUUGUACAUGAGCAAACGAAAAGAUUGACUUCCAUGGAAAUUUGGGACACUUUACUGGGGACACAGCGAGAAGCCUUGUUCAAGAAGCACAAGGUUUCAGAGAAAUUUACUCAAUAAUUUCCGAAGUUUUUUGAAGAAGCUGCGAAGACUUUGGGAUAUAUUGUGGAAAAAGUUUUCGAAAGAGGACGCUACAGACAACGGCCAAGGCAUGUUCGAAAGAACUUUUUUGUGGAACAUGAUUGAGAAGUUCAAAGACACAUUGACUGCGAUUGACGACGAAAGCAAAGGUUUUUUAUAAAUAGGUAUUCAGCCACAAAAACUUUUUUUCAGAAGUGGACGUCGACGCGAUCCGCUACUGCGAGCGGUUUGUAGAACUGCUCAUCGACUUGGAAUCUCUUCUUCCCACGAGGUUCCAGCUUUUCUCGUCCCUAUCUUCAUCUUUCUUCUAGGCGAUUCUUCAACGCAGUUCUGCAUUCGACGCAUGUUCUGACGCACUGUCUUCUGUCAAAGUUGAUCCAAAGCGAAGCCGGAUCUUUGUUCUUCCAAUUAGUUCAGCUUCUUAAGUUUUACGCUCGUUUCGAGAUCGACGAGUUCACUGGAAGGCAGUUGUCUCACAAAGAGGUCGGCGGACUUUCCUUUAUUCUUUUCAAAAUCAGCAGUUGAUGUAGGUUUCCGAAUUACACUACGAUAGCGUCAUCAAACUGCAAAAAGCCGCCUUCCGUCACUUCCGGUUAGAAAUUCUCUCGUUUAGUAGUAUGUAUAAAUUCGUAAAAAAUCUCCACCAAAGUUUUCUGAAGCUUUAUGAAGGCUGUCUUUCUACUCUUAGAAUGCUGAAAAUGGGAUUUAGCAACGAUAAUUCGAUGAGUUCCACAUUUCCUCUUUCAACUAGUACAGCACACGGUUGUGAAUCAAAGAAACCAUAUUUUUUCUCGUAUUCAAAUGGAAUUAUCGUCGAUUCAGAGACACUAUGAAGAAUUUCUACGUUCUCAACGUGAGCGGCGUCGAUACUCGCAAAGCUCUUUAUGAACAGUUCAACAGAAUGAAGUUUCGAGACAACAUUUUAUCCCAAUACCUUUGUUCAUCAGACACGAGGAAGUUUAUCGCUUCGCGGAAUAUCUCAACUUGGUGAUGCCGAUGCCACAAAACAACGAGGAAGCUGAGGCUCACCUCUCCCGCUUUUCCAAGAGAUUUCUGGUCGAAGCAAUCGUAAUCUUUAUUUCAUUCGAUUUCCUAAAAAGAAAAAUCAAAUGAACAGAUCCGUUCAAAAAGUACGCAUUCAGACAUUGACUUGCGAACGCCGCCCCAAUCAAUUGACGCAACUCAAUGAAAAGCCUCUUUUCCCCACCGAACAGGUUAUAUGGGACGAGAACGUCGUUCCCUAUGAACACUACUCUGGAGAAGGUUUUUCAAACUUUUUUUAAACUUGAUAUCAAUGAGUCUCACAGGAGUUCUGGCCUUGAAUAAACUCAAUCUCCAGUUUUUGACUCUUCACGAUUAUCUUCUGCGCAACUUCAAUCUUUUCCAGCUCGAGUCGACCUGUAUAACAUGUUUCUGGGGAAAAUGGAGCCGGUUUUGAUUUUCAGACGAAAUCCGACAAGAUCUCGAAGACGUGCUGUUCAGAAUGAAGCCUUUUAUGCACGAGACCAAGAGCGAAACAGUUUUUGCCGGAUGGGCCAGAAUGGCGCUUCCUCUUGAAAACUUCAGCAUCACAGAGGUUAUUGGAAAUUGUUAAAAGACGUUCAAUUAAAAUAUGCUGAAGACAUUCAAUCGUGAACUUUUUCAGGUUGCAAAGCCUUUGGUUGGAGAAAAAAGCCCAGCUUGUGUUCGUGGCGUUGUCACUGUGAACAUCGGAAGAAGAUUAGAUAUCCGCCAAGAGUGGGAAGGUUAUUAUUGUUAUUAUUGUUUUUUGACUUCUUUUCUUGAAUUGAGUGUUGAGGUAUUGUGAAAGGACGCUUAAAAACAGUCUCAGCUAUAAAAAAAGUCAGAAAUUUAAAAGUCUUAUUUAAAUUAAAUGUUUAGACUUGGUUCUCCGUUUUUUUUAGAAUAAAUAUCACGGCCUUACAUGCCAAAAAAGUUAUCUUGGAAUUAGGAAGUAUUUUUGUAAAAGAAAUUUUUUUUUACGAAGUCAAAAAUAAAGCUCUCUAAAGUUCAAAAAAUACAUGAUUCUCAACUUCGCAGGACUUCGGAAACACGACGUUUGUUUCUUAGUUUCCUGCAAAGCUACGGCUUCUCCAGGAACGAGGUUCGACGUCCGACUUCCAUUCAAGGAACAAAUUCAAGUAUUUCGUUAUCUUUUUCAUUUUGAAAAUUUUUCUUUCACCAGGUUACUCACGUUCGCGGGUGUGAAAUAGAAGGAAUGCUGGACGCCAAUGGAAUGGUCAUUGAGGAAUUUAGUGAGUUUUUCUGAGGUCUUUGAAUGGUUUCUAGUCGAUUUUUUUAUUAACGUGGGUUCAAAAUCGCGAAUUUUUUCCUACGAGAAAUUUUUGUUAUAAUCAAAACUUCUCAAUCUAUUUCUGUUUUAUCUUCUAUUUUGUUUCAAUAUAUUUUUUGUGGUUUUGAAUAGAUGUUCGGAGAGUUCUUCGUUCUUAAAAUCUUCAAACUCUGCGUUUACAGCCUCUUACGAGAAGAAACCGCAACUGCAAGGCGAUCAGAGGAAGUUCAGAGUUUUUCUCGACCCCAACCAGUACAGAAUCGACAUGGAGAACGUGGCUGAGCAAAAGUGUGAUGAUGUUUAUUACACGUUCAACCUCGUUGUUCGACGGGAUCCCAAAUCCAACAACUUCAAGGUUCUCAAGGUUGUAAUAGGUGGACUUUUAAUUGUUUUCAGGCGGUUCUGGCUACUAUUCGCGAGCUUUUGAACACAGAAUGCGUAGUGCCCGAUUGGUUAACCGACGUAAUUUUGGGAUUUGGAGAACCAGAUACCGCUCAUUACUCAAAGUCAGUCAUACCUUUUUUCAGGAGCUUCUCAUUAUAUUUAUUUGGGUGUCAACUAGCUUUAAUACAUUUAAAGUGUUCUAUUGAAUAAAUAAUAUUUUUUUUCUGAAUUUUUCAUUUUAUCAUAAGAAAGCUAGCGAGGGGAAAAAAGAAAGAUUUUUUUUUUGAAGUUUAUCAAUCCGUAGAUUCUAGAGCUUAUUCGUAUGGAGGUAGUAAUACUUUAAAGGUUUUUUUCCUUUCUAGUGCCUGGCCGAGAAACACGAUGUACUGGCGAAAAAGUCUCGAAUUUCUCAAUCUGCAGAAUUUCGUAAUAAUCUUUGGUAGUAGGCAUUUUUAAAUUAUUUUAGAUUGCUUUCUAAAGUUUCGCCUAGUCUCUAAAACAUCUUGAAAAAAUCUUUUUGAAGGCUGAGCAGCGCCGUUCCCGAGCUCGACUUCAAUGACACAUUUUUGUCGUUUGAUCACGUCAAAACUUCUUUUCCUGGAUACUCGAUCGAACCUUCUCUUGGCGAUCCUACUAAAAUGCUUCCGCCGUUCAAGUGAUAAUUCGUUUUCCGUCAAAAGUUGAAUCUUUGUUUCAGAAUUCAGUUCAAGGACCUCCAGGGGAGACACGAAGCUAAGCGCGAAAAGACCAUCAUCGUCACUCCGCACCCCAGAAAAUCCAUAACACCGUACCCUUAUGAGCCAAAUCGGAAUCAAGUUCUGUUCACGCCUGCCCAAAUCGAAGCAAUCAAGGUUUUUGGUCGUUUUUCGAUGACGGAUCAUGAGAAAAAUGUUUCAGUCGGGUAUGCAGCCAGGUCUGACAAUGGUCGUCGGACCUCCCGGAACAGGAAAAACGGACGUCGCCGUGCAGAUCAUCUCCAACAUCUAUCACAACUGGCCCAACCAACGGACUCUCAUCGUCACCCACUCGAAUCAGGCUCUCAACCAACUUUUCGAAAAGAUCAUCGCCUUGGACGUUGACGAAAGGCAUCUUCUCAGAAUGGGUAUUCGCUUUUCGAAAUCUCCAUUUCAGUCUUCACCUUUUGAGGUCAUGGAGAAGAAGCCUUGGAGACGGAAAAAGACUUCUCGCGAUACGGUCGUGUGAAUUACGUUCUGAAAGAGAGGCUCAGCUUGCUCACAAAGGUCAUCUUUUGUUUCGAAGCUCAUGAUUACCACGAGACACCGUACAUUACUAAAAGAAUAACACAAAAACGCCAGAACAUUUUAUUUAUUCAAAUUCACUGAAACUGUCAAAACUUUCCAUUCAUGCAAAUCUAGAGAAAGGCUCUUGAUUCAAUAUAUUUUACGAGUGGGCGCACAUUUUGUGCGAUACCUAGUUUCCGGUUUGCUCAGCUUAUAAGGUGGGAAAAGAGAAAUAGUUUUUUUUAAGAGGAGAAAAAUUCCUCCUAUCUUUUUAUUAAUUUAGUUCUAGGUAACCUCUCGUUAAUUUUAAACUAAAUUUUCUACUUUUUCAACUCGGAAAAAUUCCCAUCACGUUAUAGAGCACUGAAGAAAUUCAGGAAAUAAAACAGUCAAAGAAAAAAACAGCUGUUGAAUGACGGGAAAAAUCGUUUGUAGGUUCGUAGUGACCAUGACGCUUUAUAUUCAUCUUUUAACAAGUUUGUUUUCAAAUAAUAACUUUUCAAGGUUGAAAAAUUGGCGAAAACGUUGAAUAUUGUUGGCGAUGUGGCCUACACAUGUGAAAACGCGGGAUAUUUCUUCAGAUUCUCGGUAACUUCAUUUUUUUCACGGUUACUCGGUAUUUUAUACUUUAGGUGUGCCGUGCAUGGGAAGAGUUUCUCAUGAAGGUCAAAUCAACGAACCAAAAGCUUGAAGAAGGAAUCAUCGCGUCAAUAUUUCCUUUCACCGACUUUUUCGCUGAUAUUUCACUUUUUACGGUAUAUUUCAGACAAACAUGAUAAUCGAAAAUGUUGUUUUUAAGGGUAACUACGACGAAGAUUUGAAAAAAGCUCACUCUUGCUGGCGCUUUAUUCAGAGGAUUUUCGAACAACUGGAUGAGUUCCGCGCUUUUGAGCUUCUGAGGAAUGGAAAAGAUAGAACCGAAUAUUUACUGGUGAGGAAUGCAAAGUAUAUGAGCGCAGUCUUUGGAAACAUGGUAAAAGAGAAGUCAUUUAUCGAAGCACUUAGGUAAUGGGCCUCAUAUGAGAAAGGGUGCAAUAGAACUUGUUGGCAAUAUUUUCAUAAAAGCAGAGGGACACUCUUUCAUAUUCAAUCUGAUCAAAACUCUUCGUAGUCGUGCAACUCUGGUUUCGGAGAUUGGUAAGAAUAACCUUUCAACAAAAUAUCAUCUUGUUCUUUUUCUUCGACUUCUUCGCUGAUAAUUUGCGGCUUGAAUUCUUCGUCUCUGGAAUUUACUCAUUUAAAAUGGUCUUAAGGCAUUGGUUAGGUUAGAAUAAUCUUGAAAAGAAUAAACAGCUCAUUUUGCUAUUGGAGAUUGUAGACCAAAUAUCAAACUCACGUCGACAUUGAUGACAUUGAAAUUGAUGGAGAAGCUGAAAGACGCGAUGGGAAAUCGAAAACAGCGCAUUUGGCAGAGUUCUUAAAAUCGAUUUCCGUACUGACGACUUCUCUUUUUCGCUUGUAUCUCUGGUUUUGAAACCAGACUUUCACCUGAAACUAUCUGUUCAAUUUUGAAGUGGGAAUGUUCAUACUUGUCGCGGUGUCAAGUUGAGGGACUUGCCGAGAGCCAAACUCUCUGCCGCGUGGAUGUUGGGGUGCUGGUCAAACCUCGCUCGCAGAACUCGCAGCUGCUCUUCCGUGAAAAGGAUACGAGCUGAAUUUGUGCCUUUUUUUAUUAAAAUCUUUACCAGCUUUACUUUUAUUAGAGCUCUCAGUUUUCUGGCAAACUGCUUGGUUUGAGGGAUCCACGUGCUGGUCGAUCGAGUGUGUAGCUUUUUUGGGCUUCUUAUCGGCUUUUACUGACGUUCCCUUCACAACAAGAUUAGAAUCCACAAUAGGAGUUUGUGGUGCAGGAUACCAGUAAGGUGCGUAGUACGGUGCAUAAGUACAGCUGAAAAACUUAUUCUUUAUGAUUCAUUUAGAAUCUCACAAGUUGAUUGGAGCAAAAGAAGGCUGAACAGCCCAUUGGGGAUGUGGGUUCGCGGCUGGAUACGUGACGAAUUGCGGUUCCCUUUCUCCGUAGGCUUGUGCGAAAUAUUCCGCAUACUGUAGAGCUCCUGCUUGGCUCCAAUCGUUCUCCAUUGCUAAAGUUUUGAGAAUCGUUAGAGAUAUUCAAUUUACACAUAAGAAAACGGAGAAAAAAAAAUAUAGUAGGUUUAGCAAAGAGCUAGGAGAAAUUCAAAAAAAAAAUAACAAAAAUAACUCAUCAAAGCCAACAAAGAAUUUUUAAACAAACAAAUUUGAGAACUUGAGAAAGGACGGUCAGAAACUGUCGAGUCGGACUGACUUGAGCGAGAAUAACAGACUGAGAUAAUGGUGGACAUCUACACCUCGGAGGCGGAGUUUGGUUAAUUCGACAGCCGCCUUUUUUUGACACAUUUUUUAUUAACCUCUAAUUUUGGAUAACAACGGGUAAACAAACAAAUAAUGCUUAUACGUUUAUAUAAGAUUUAUUUCUUCUGAAGAAAUAAUUUUAGGUGAAAGAGGCGAAAAUCAUUGCAAUGACAUGUACUCAUGCAGCGUUGAGAAGAAAAGAGCUUGUUUCUUUGGGCUUCCGGUGA